UUUGUGUGUCUGGGAUGUUUUUAGUCUUCUCUUGAGCUCAUUAUUGAUGGUUGGUUAUCACUGCUAGCUCAGGGAUUCCUGUGCACAUUAGUGGGCAUGCUAGGUUGAAUAGUGUGUGUGUGUGUUUGUUAGCUUUUGUGUUAGUGCAUGUAUAUACAAGCAUGCGUGUAUGUGCGUAUAUGCAUGCAGAGGAGUAUGCGACUGUGUGUGUGUGUGUGUGUGUGUGUGUGUGUGUGUGUGUGUGUGUGUGUGUGUGGGGGUGUGUGUGUGCGUGAGAGAUGCAUACACUUUUAAGUAUAUAUAGCAUUAAUCUAUAAAUGUGUUAUGUCCAUAGGUGUGUUUUUGUGUGUUUGCGUGUCCGUGCGUAUGUAUUUGCGCAUGUAUGUGUGCAUUUGUGUGUGUGCAUGUAUGUGUGCGUUUGUGUAUUUGUGUGUGUGUGUGUGUGUGUGUGUGUGUGUGUGUGUGUGUGUGUGUGUGUGUGUGUGUGUGUGUGUGUGUGUGUGUGUGUGUGUGUGUGUGUGUGAGUGUGCGACCCCUCUCCCAUGCUCCUGGCCUCCCGUGUCAUUCCAGCUAUGGCUACAGGAUGGCUGGACUGUGCACUCAUGCUCUGCUGCUAGCUGCUUGCGCUCUUCCAUGUUCAAGCUUGACACCCCCUGCCCAGGUCUCCCCACCACAGCAACAGCCCCUCAGCCUGGCCCUCAACAGCAGUGAUGCCGGCCUGCUGCUGGAUGUCCCUGUGGCUCUCAGGGUUUUCAGCGUGGACUACCACCAUGUACAGGCGCCGUUUGAGAUCGUGCUUUGGAUCAUGCUAGCUUCAUUAGCCAAGUUGGGUAAGCCUGGAUUCAGCAUUCUUCCUCAGACCAUACGCAAGAGAAAACAAUAAAACCCUGAAAAGAUACAUACAUUUUGUUUGGAUGUUAGAUGUUACCAAUUAUACCGAUAGGCCUAUUACUUGGAUCGAAAGAUGAAAUCAUUGAUAUUUGACAAUAGCCUGAAUAGUGAAUGGUAAGGGAAAGACAACCGUUGCUGAUGUGUUUCUGUGGAGCAGUUCACAUAGGAGUAGCAGCCUGUGGCUAAUCUUCUCAGGGUUCCACUGGUCAGGCCGGGUCCCUGCUGUCGUCCCGGAGAGCUGCCUGCUCAUCAUGGUGGGUCUGAUGGUGGGCGGGGUCAUCUAUGGCGUUCGCCACUCGGCCCCGCCCACUCUCAGCGCGGACGCUUUCUUCCUCUUCCUGCUCCCGCCCAUCGUGUUGGACGCCGGCUACUUCCUGCCCGGGCGGCUCUUCUUUGAGAACCUAGGUACCAUCCUCUGGUAUGCUGUGCUGGGGACCCUGUGGAACGUGAUGGGCAUCGGCCUGUCCCUGUACGGCGUGUGCCUGCUGGCCCCGGAGACUCUGGGGGACGUGUCCCUCCUGCACUGCCUGCUGUUCGGCUCCCUGAUCGCGGCCGUCGACCCCGUGGCCGUGCUCUCCGUCUUCCAGGAGAUCCACGUGAACGAGCAGCUCCACAUCCUGGUGUUCGGCGAGUCCCUGCUCAACGACGCCGUCACUGUGGUUCUAUAUAAGCUCUUUGAAUCCUUCCUGCGCAUGCCCACCAUCUCGGGCGUGGACGUCCUUCUGGGGGGCUGCCGGGUGGUGGUGGUGGGUCUGGGGGGCCUCUGCCUGGGCCUGUUCUUCGGCCUGCUGGCCGCGCUGACCUCCAGGUUCACGUCGCGGGCGCAGGUCAUCGCGCCGCUCUUCGUCUUCCUCUACUCCUACCUGUCCUACCUCACCUCCGAAAUGCUCCACCUCUCUGGGAUCAUGGCCAUUGUGACGUGCGCGGUCACCAUGAAGCAGUACGUGGAGGCCAACGUGUCCCAGCGCAGCAACACCAGCAUCCAGUACUUCCUCAAGAUGUGGAGCAGCGUCAGCGAGACCCUCAUCUUCAUCUUCCUCGGGGUGUCCACCAUCCAGGACGUGCACAUGUGGGACUGGCCCUUCGUCUGCUCCACCCUGCUGCUCUGCCUGCUCUGGAGGGCGCUGGGGGUCCUGCUCCUGACGGCGGUGGUCAACAAGCUGCGCAGGAACGCCGUGACCUUUAGGGAUCAGUUCAUCAUCGCCUACGGUGGCCUGCGAGGCGCGAUAUGCUUCUCCCUCGUCUUCCUCAUCGACGACUUCCCGAAGAAGAGGCUCUUCAUCACCACCACCAUCGUGGUCAUCCUCUUCACAGUCUUUGUUCAGGGGAUGACCAUCAAGCCUCUGGUGGAGCUGCUGGAGGUGAAGAAGCGAAAGAGAGCUCUGCCCACCGUGAGCGAGGAGAUCCACAGCAGGAUCCUUGACCACCUGCUGGCCGGGAUAGAGGAUGUGGUCGGCUAUUGGGGACAGCACUACUGGAAAGACAAGUUUGAGCAGUUUAACAAGAAGUAUCUGCGACGUUUCCUGAUCCGCGAGGAACGCCAGGAAUGCUCCAGCAUCCUCCGAGUUUACGAGGAACUGGAGAGACGAGAGCAGAGGGGAGAAGAGGAGACGCCGAUAACACAAGUGGAGCAUUGCUCCCAGGACAGAACCCUCAUCCUGGAGUCCCGCCCUCACAGCAGGCCCCUCCUCCCGGAGGAGAUGGACAGCAUCAGACGCAUUCUCUCCAGGAACCUGCACAACUUCAACAACAAGCAAACCCCGGCCUACAGCCGCCACACUCUUCACCAAGAGUCGUCCACCGACCGGGUCCGGAAGCCCUUACACAGGCGCCAGAGUCUGGCGGAAAGCAGCUCCUACCCCUCCUCAGCCCAGCACGGCCCCCAGGGGGAACGUCUGGAGCUCAGUGGAUCCCAACGGAAACGGACGGGCCUCAGCCGCUCUCACACAGUGUGCUCCACAAGCCCCAGGCCGGGGCCUCUGGACAGCCCAGACCCAGACCCCGCUGGUCAGCCGCAGAGAGAGGGCCAGGGCCCAGCAGCCGGUGUGGACCCCGCGCCGCCCCCCCCCCAGACCCCUUCAGAGCACCAGGAGCCCCUCAGGAGGCCCCCGAAGAAACAGCUCAGCUUUGCUUUUGAGAACGAGAAGCAGGCAUAAAGACCGACCUGAACAAAAAAGCCUAAAGAUGUUUAAGAAGUGUAAAGGACACAGCUUUCAUGUGUAUAAAAGUAGCGCCCAUGAAUAGCUAAAUUGCUAAAGCUAGUUAUCAUAAUUUACCUUUCUUUCACGGAGUGUCAGAGUGCGUGCCUGUCCUGAUGAUUAUGUUGUUUACACUGUGGUUUAUACAGUAUAGCAUCCAAUAAAGAUGAGGACAUGGAUGGUC